AUGGGAGAUACACAUCCGGAUGCGCAUCCUGCCGACUUUAUCAAGGAUGGCAACGAGUUGACCCAUCUUGACAAAGAUCAAUCCAAACCGGCUCUGAUCAUAUUGAACCAGCCUAUAGCAGACACAAAGGUGCUAGGUCGCUUAUGGAACCACACCAGCUAUCGGCUAUGUGCUGAUGGCGGUGCUAAUCAACUCUACGAUCUUUUUAAUCAAAAUGAUCCGUCGCAGCUCGACCGAUAUUUACCAAAUAUCAUCCAUGGUGACCUCGAUUCUCUCCGCGAAGAUGUCAAGAGCUAUUACAAGGAACACAACGUGGAAGUCACUGAAGAUCCAGAUCAGUACAGCACAGAUUUUGGAAAGGCCAUCAAACAAGUGUUGAGGGAGCAACCCUGGCAAAGAAACUUCCUUGUCCUGGGAACCAUCGCAGGACGACUUGAUCAGGGCAUUGGCCUGUUAUCGGAGAUCUACCGCGAGCAGCACUCGAAACAACAUGCAAACAUUCGGUUCUGGCUGUUCUCGGAAUCAAGUAUAUCCUUCACUCUCUCACCUGGCACAACAACUAUCCACACACCUUUGGGCGAGAGGGUCAUCACACCAAACAUUGGCAUUCUACCAAUAUUUGGCCCGGCGCAUAUCUCGACAAAUGGACUAGAGUGGGAUGUCACAGACUGGCAUACGCAGAUGGGUGGCCAAGUCAGCACCAGUAAUCACAUUGUUGAAGAUCAGAUUACUAUCUCGACUGAUGCCGAAGUGCUCUUCACAGUCGAACGCAGAAAAAGUGUAGCAGGGUAG